GCGGGCGUAGGCGGCAGGCCGUGAUGACGUCACCGCACUCAGCGGUCCGGGUCCAGCCCCCAGCUGACACACAAACACAACUCCUCUGUUUGCAGCGGCGUUGCGAGUUAUUCUUCUCCUCUCACCAUGUUAGCUGAUCAUCGCUCGAUUAUUUGGACAUUAAUUUCGGUCUUUGUGCUCGCACAUGCGCAGACACCCUCUACUGCUCCUGCUCCUGUGACCUGUGAGUCAAGAUCCAACACCAGCUGUGACCAGUGUCUGCAGAAUGUAUCGUGUCUGUGGUGUAACGCCAAUAGUCGGUGCUUGGAGUACCCGGUGAAGAACAUCCUGCCGCCCAGCAGCGUGUGUUCAUUGACGGAAGCGCGAUGGGGCCUGUGUCAGAUCAACCUGCAGAUCCUGAUCAUCUCCAUGUGCGUGAUCGGCGGCGUCAUCAUCGUCGCCCUCCUGGUGUGCUGCUUCUGCUGCUGCAAGUGUGAAAAAAUUGGGAACAGACGAGAGGACGCAAGAGCAGAGCGCCAACAUCAGGAGAGAAAUUCACGUCAAAAAGCAAGGAGGACAGAGAUGCAGCUGAGACAUGAUGAAAUCAGGCAGAAAUAUGGUCUCGCCAAGAAUAACGCCUACACUCGAAUGAGUGACAAAUAAUUUUUUAAAAUUCCUUUAAAUGUGUUGUCAAAAAUCCUGUCUCUUGAUCCUGGCUGACGUUUGUUGAAGGAAAAUCACAUGAUCAUCUUGUCAGUUUUAUCCAAAAUACCGAAAGCCAUUUACAAAUCGACUCACCAUCCGAGCACCCGUAUUGCAUCGACAUGUUUACACCUUACCUUGAUGCGUAGCACACGUUUUUGUUCUUUUAUUGUUACACAACUGCUGAAAUCUGCCUCUCUACUUUUUAACUUGAGCAAUAAAACAAUUAUAAGCUGAUUUUAAGUUCAAUACAAAAAAUACUGAUGCACUCAGUUUGACUGAUUACUACGUUUAUUUUUGUACUGAAAUCAUCGUGAGUAACAUGUAAUGAUGUGGCGAAUAAAUAAAGAUGUUCUUGAACUGU